AAUCUAUAAGAUUUAUUUCAGAAGGUGAAUUUUACUGUAGUGAAAGCGCUAGUUAGGGUUACCUUGUAGGUGCUUGUGCAUCCUACUGCAGUCGUCUUGCUUACUUCCCUAAGGGUAUCAUUCAGUGAUGGCGGUGUCCGAGAAUCCGCAGCUACCUUCGACACUCAAAAAUGAGGGUCCAGCAGAAGUUUUGCCUGAAGAAAACUGUGGUAACGCCGUGGCAGAUCAUUUAUCUGGAGAAGACGAUAACAUGAAUCAAGAAACUGAUCAAAAUGAGGUUGGGGAAGGAUGGAAGGAAGUUCGAAACAAGAAAAAUGAAAAUCGUUCAAUAUCAAAUCGAUCAUAUCAUAACGAUUGGGGACAUCACGGUCCAUACCACGAUACACGAAGGAGAUACAGAGGGUAUAACCAUAGCAACCACUCAAAAGUCGCUGAAAAAUCGAGCGAAAAAUCUGAUGCAAAUAAUCUUGAUGAGGAUAAAGAACAGCAUUCACCUUCUGAAGAUGACACAAAGGAAAAUAACAAUGAUUCGGGGGAAGGGAGAGAUUCACAAGAUGCAGAUGAAGACAAGGAUAAAGUGGAAUUUGUUGCAGCACCAUUACCUAAAGUAAAUCCUUGGGGUUCUUCGCCAAAACCUCAACAAAAUGAAAAGAUUUCAAAGCCUAGUGCAACUAAUGGUAAGGCAACGAAAACCCGUAAGACAUCUGGGUCAAAAAAAUCUGCCACUCCUAAAUCAACAGAAAAUUCAGCAUCUAAAAAACCAAAAAAGACAUGGAAGUCUCCAGCAAAAGUAGAAGUUAGUGUCAUAGAUUCAAUGCAGUUGUCAUCAGAAAGCUGGGCCCAAGAAGUAGAAAAUAGUCUUUCUGCGGAAGUGACCAUGGCACCGGAAAAUGACACAAAAGAAAGCAGUGGGGAGAGAAUUGACAAUACAAAGGACAAAGAGAACAAGAAACCGUCCAGCAAAAACAAAGGUUCCGAUGCAUGGCCUUCUCUCACUGAUUCAAUUAAACCGACUGUGAAAACAGAUGGUGGUGAAUCAGUUAAUGUUGAAGAGAACGAUACUAAGACUCCUCGCACUACACCCAAGCAGAGAAAACGAGAUCAUGGAAAAAGUAAAGACGCUGGGGGUGAUCACGGUGAUGUAGAAGGGAAAGAGAACAAUGUACCAGGAAGAAGGUCUGCACCGGCUACUCCGAACAAUAGAAAGAAAGGACGUCAUAAGUGGGUUCCACUCCCAGUUCCAGUAAAUUCGAAGAGAGGUGGGGGAAGAGGGAGAGGAUCACGUGCAAGAUCUUCAUCACCAACACGCAGAACACCUGGCAACAACAGAAGAAAUAAUUAUUUUUAUCAAAGAACUGUGAGAGGAUUUCCCAGGAAUUCUCAAAACAACAACAGCAACAAUACAGCCUCCGAUAUGGAUGACAAUUGGCGGAAUCAUCCCCACCCUGGUCACAGUAGCCCUCAACCUUAUGGCCACGGACAUAAAAAAUCUCACCCAAGAAGAGGUCGUCAUCGAGGGCGAGGAGGCCAUGAAGGUUAUCCGAGAGUGAAAUCUAAGAGUACAGAGGAUCCUGAUUUUCCUGGUUUAGUUGAAUUUCAACCCAACGCUUUAUUUGUUUUCGAUAACGCCAUGGGAAUGACAAAUUUCAUGCAAGCGGAUUUAGACGGGCUGCCUAACUAUCAGCUAUAUGGAGAUGAGUCACUUACUGUUGCCCAGCAAAAAGAUUACGUCAAAUGGCAGAUUGAGUAUUACUUCAGCCAUGAAAAUUUGGAAAGAGAUUUUUUCCUUCGUAGAAAGAUGGAUGUGGAAGGAUUUCUUCCUCUCAGUUUAAUAUCGGGAUUCCAGAGAGUUCAGAAUAUUACCACAGAUAUAGAUAUUAUCAAAGAGGCUGUUUGUGAGAGUGAAAUAAUAGAGAUGAUUGAUGGCAAACUACGUUGCAAAGAAAAUCCAACAUCUUGGGUUCUUGAAGGAGACACGGAUCUUAACUCGUUUCAUAAGAUGCCUACUAUCCAGAACCAGGUGAUUGUAUCGAUAAGUCCCACUACAUCAGAAGAAGCCUUGUCAUCCCCGGUACGGCAAUUCCCCAGUAAGCAUGUUGAAGAAUUAGGAGAAAUCGUUGAUGAAGAAAAAGUAGCUCACUCUGAUUUCUGGCGUCUCAUCGAUACUCCUGCGUUCAUACCUGGAAAACCCUAUGUUGGUCAUGCAGUGCAGGAUAGUGGAUUCGAUUCCUUUAUUUUACCUCAUGAUGAGCAACAUUCUGCUCCUCAACCUUCUUUGCAACCACGCAUUGGUUUUGGUUCAAAAGAUUCAUCUGCAGAAGAUAAUUGGAUUGAAGUCAAAAAACAUAAAGGAGGUCGAAGUAAAAAGAGUGGAUAUGAUCAAUCACAUAAAUCUGCAGAUGAAAGCAUGGACAGUUCAAUGAAUGAAACAUCAAAAAGCAUCGAAAAACAUGCCGACUCGGUAGACUCAUCCAAUACCAGCAUUCAGUCAUCACGCUCUAACACCGAAACAAACAAGAAAACAAAGAACGUUGACCAACGUGAGGAACUCGAUUUCAUGUUGGAUUCUGAAAUGGAAGAACUGAAUAUCAAUAAACGAAGUUUCACAAAAUGGGAUUCAGACUCUGAUGAAGAUGACAUUACAGAUGCUGACGUCAGCAAAAUUAUCAUAGUCACCCAGACUCCCCCAGCCUUUCGUAAACAUCCUGGAGGUGACAGAACUGGAAACUUCACCUCAAGAACAAAAAUGACACAAUCAUUAGCUUCUAUCAUCAAUGAUGGUCUCUAUUAUUAUGAACAAGAUUUGUGGGAUUUUGACAGCGAUACAGAAGUGGAUGUAAUGGAGAAAAAAGCCCCAUAUACUCGUGUGAACAUCAUCAGUCAGAAAGAAUUUGAGAAUCUUCGUUUGGAAGGCAAAAUACCAAUGACAUUGAGUCAGGUCACCCCGCCUGGUCCGACUUACAAACAGGUACCAGCUGAUGAAGAAACUCAAGCAGCGGUACAAAGAUCUCAGCCGGCCGAUAUUGUACAAUCCAGUCCACGAGCAAGACUACAUACCCCACGUACUCCACAUCACAAAGAUGCAACGACUGCACCAAGAUUUUAUCCUGUUGUUAAAGACACUGUCACUCCUGACCCCAUGACUCCUCGCAAAAUCAAGACUCGACACAGUAGGAAUCCUCCACAGGAACAUCACGUUGGGUGGGUUAUGGAUAUAAGAGAACAUGGAUCAAGAUCCCGAACUCCUUCUACAAGCGGUCGCACUGCCAGUCCUUCCAACUUAUCUGUAACUUCUUCUCGCCCUGUCAGUUGCACUCCUAAAUCACUGCCUAAGUUUGAGCAUCCUUCUCACUCAUUGCUCAAAGAAAAUGGAUUCACUCAACUUGUUUACGGAAAAUAUCACUCAAAAUGUCUCAAAGAACGGAGUCGGGUAGGCGUUGGACAAUCACAAGAAAUGAACACACUGUUUCGAUUCUGGUCAUUUUUCUUGCGAGAUAAUUUCAACAGGAAAAUGUACGAAGAAUUCAAGUCAUUGGCAACUGAAGACAGCAAUUCUGGAUACAGAUAUGGAUUGGAAUGCCUAUUCAGAUUUUAUAGUUACGGGCUGGAAAAGCGAUAUCGAGUUGAUUUAUUCAAGGAUUUUCAGCAAUGCACAAUUCAGGAUUAUAAGAAUUCUCAACUAUAUGGAUUGGAAAAAUUCUGGGCUUACGUGAAGUAUUCUGGACAUUCUAAAUCGGAAAUCGACCCACAAUUGCGAAAAUGGCUCGAAAAAUACAAAAAAUUAGAAGAUUUCAGAGUUUUGCCUCCAGAAAGUGACGAAUCCAAAGAACCUUCCACAUCAUUGUCAGCAUCGAACAAAAACAACUCAUCAGGCGAUAAAAAAGCAACAACAUCAUCCGCCACAUCGUCUCAUAUUGAGAUCAAAUCGUCAACAAUUGCAAUACAUGUUGAUGAGGGCGGAAAUUCAAGCAGGACAUGACAGGCCCGUACAUAAUCAAGUCAAAAUAUCGUCGAGUACUGACUGACUGACUAAAAUUCUGGGUGUGAAAUGGUCUAGCGAUUCUCUUCCGUGAUUGAGCUCAUUAUGUGGAUGAGUUUAAAUUUACUGAUUUUGCUUCAGGAUCCAUUAAUUAAUUAUUCAUGGUUCAGUUAACAAUGUGUUUAAAUUGUUCUGUUAGUCGUAAUAUGGAGUUUAUAUUACGUUAGAAAUUAGCAUUACGGAAUCGAGAGAAUCUUAUGAAUAUUCUUGAAAAUUGAGCUUGAAUCGGAGCUCCAUGUACGCUACAGACUCGAAUAUUAGCGGAAACUUUAGUACAGUUGUUAAAGUUGACUUCAAAAGACUUACGGCACUAUCUUUGGUGCCAAUGAUAGCUUGUAUUUCAACACGUUUGCUCGUUUUUCUAACAAAGAAAAUAAAAAAAAUUCAUUAAUAGUCCUAUCUAUAGCAUUAUUAAAUGUGUGGAGUGUUGCAUGCUCGCGUAAAGACAUCAGAAAAACAGUGAAAAGAAUAUUGAAGUUACUUCUACGUUUUCAUAAUUAAUGAUAAUGCUUUAUAAGCAAAGAUGAAAAUUUGGCAUCUUUCGCUGAGCUUGUUAUGAUGUUUAUUGUGCUAUUCGGUGAUGACAUUUGCUCAACCCAUUACCUGCCUUAAUACUUGUCUUUUAUCCCCACCCCCCAGAUAGAUUUCAAUAUCCUGCUGUUUCAGCGUCAUUACCUAUACUACUGAUCUACUCCCUGGUCCCACCAUUGGCACUUUAUCUGCUUUUUGCAUCAUUGAGUAGGGGAUUGAGUUACAUUCACUUUUGAGCAAGUUUAUAUGUGGAUCACCAUUGAACAAAUAUAUCAAGAGGGACAUAUUAAAAUUAGGAUAACAAAUAGAUCUUCCCAAAUUAUAUUCCUGCCAAUAUCACAACAGAUGUGUUUAAUAAGCUUAAAGUUUCAUCAACAUCCUAAUCACUGUCAAAUUUACCUUUUUCUCAAAUAUAUUUAAUUGUAUCUACACUCACGAACUGUCAAGUCUGAAAUGUUAUUUGGCAAGUACUUACAGAACUUGGUUAGUUACAGAAACAUUAUACUUUACAAUUUGUGAUCCAGGUAUUUUGAAUAAUUUGUAAAGACGUUCAAUCACUCUUUUUAGCUUAUAUUUGCAAAAGUGGUGAAUUGAGAAAAAUCUGGCAUGGGUGAAUUCGAAGUGAAAUAUAAAAUGAAUCCUAGGUGAACGGUUAAUUUUGUAAUUUUUUUUCACUCAAUAUGGGGCGAUAAUUAGGGCUGUGAGGUUGGCUUUGGCUUGAAAAAAUUUGUACUCUUGUCUCCCGCGUUUGGGAUAAGAUCAAUUUUAUCUCUAGACUAGAUAAAGUUUUCAUAACACAAGCUUCGGCGUAUGCAAGCCUUCCUGGUAUACUGUUGAGAACACUUUUGGUCACCAUCGAAAUUCUUAAAUUAGUAUGAAAAUACGACUUCAGUGAAAGCAUGCCAAACUUCUCUACAGACCUGGUCAUUAAUGAAUUUGUCUGCUUUAUCAUAAUUUUGUGUUUUAUUAUAGAUAAUACGGGCUGAUUGAGCAAAGCUAUAUCGCUACUGCAUGGCUUAUAAAAUUCUGAUUUUAUUGGGUGUGGCUGAGGUAUAUGGUUUCAAAUUAGCUAUUUUAUUCUUCUUCUUAUUAUUGUUAUUAUUAUUCUUACAUCGUUUUCUUUGAUUUUAAGCUUAUUAUAUUUUUGCUUUCUUUUUUCAACUGCCUAAGUAAUCGUGGGAGAACAUGUAACCUUUUUGCUGUAAAGUUGCGGUCAUAAACAUUGAGACUUGUCAAUUAAUUAUUUUAAUAAAAAAACAAUCUGUACGGAUAAGUUACAUUUAGUAAAAUAAACUGCUAAAAAAUAUAGAGAAACGUUGCCUUUUACCUGACCGGACUAAUACUUAAAUUCUUUACGUUAUUUUUAUUUCAUAAAAUCUCAACCUGGCAUUGGAAGUUUGUGUUCCUCAUGCUAGCAUGAUAAUCGAACCAAGCAAGCUUAAAUUUUUUGAUCCGUUGUUUAAAAAUUUGCCACAACUGACUGUUUUUACUUAAAAUUUUUCACUCUAAUGGUCAUUGACAAAAUUUGUUGUUUUUUGAUUUUUUCUGUCUGGUGUCUGAUGGUGCGACUGAUUAACUUGAACAAAUAAAAAUAAAUUCUGGUUUUUGGGCAAUCAUAAUUUACAUUUUCGAGCAGAAAAUGAAUUUUUAUUUUAUUGUAUUCAUUCUUGUUUAUAUAUUUUGAUGAAAAUUUAAGAUGAGUUCGAAAUGUUAAUUUGGGUUAGUGGUGUCUGUUUUUACAUUAUCAUGAUCUUGGUGCAUCUUACACUGGAAUCAUUUUGAGAAAUUGAUUAAAUUGUAGUCCGUGGAUCCAAUCUAAUCUACAAAAAUUAAUUGUCAUGAUUGUUCAUUUGUUAGCAACCUACAUCCUGCCAGAACAUGAGAAUUUAGACGAAAACAUUUAGAAUUUCAAAAUAUCGAAAAAUGAAUCGGAUAAAGAAAAUAGACUUUCUUUUUACUGAAUAAGACAUGCUUGUUCAUUUAACAACUGUUGUAAUUGUCAUCAAGAGCUUAUCUGAGCAAUAUAUCAUUUUCUGUUCUAUGUGCCAAGAGAUCUUAUUAAUUUUUUUUCUGAAAUGAUAGGUGCUGUCAUUAAUAUGCUUCAUCCCUGUUCACUUAUAUCAUUCACAGGAAUUGAACAGAGAAUCUAUAAUUUAAUUUUUCUUUGAUGUGAAUUGGAUAAAAAAUUACUUUACUGCCCUAUUCAGUCCUGGUAUUGCCGGAAUCUUUGUACAAUUUAUUAAUUAUUGUUAAAAAGACUAAAUUUGUUUCAUUUUGUGAGAUUAUAUUUACCCAGUUUCUGCCAGUUUUUAUGUUACAAAAAACUUUUCAUUUGCUUUUAAAUUGGGACAAAAAUGGAUUUGAUCUGUUUUAUUAGGCACAAUUUCUGGAUUUUAAUACAACCAAAAACCUAUUCAAUUCGUGUGUAUACAAUGUUGUAUAUUCGUGGUAAUGACUAUCAGAACAAGCAAACAUAUAAAAGCAUUAACUGUUCUUUUAUCCUUGGAUAUAUACAGAGUAGAAAAGAUUUUUGAACUUUUUGUUAUUUCAUCAUUUUCCUUCCUUUGCCAAAUUCGCUGUAUUCAGAAAAUAUCUGCACAAAUUUUAUUUUUGUGGCUAAAUCGUUCAAAAGACGACCUUACCACAAGGACUCAAUUUCAUUUAAUUCUAGAUUCUUAUUUCUGCCUAGGAAUUAACAACCUAUUUGUUUUUUCUUUUUAUUUUACUCCAGUUAUUAUCAAUUUUAAUUUAGUUUAUCAUGAGUUUUCUUUUAAAUUUUAAAACAAGAAAACGGCCAGGUAUAAUGAUUUGAUUAGGCCAAGCAUGACUUGUUAUUAUUAAACAAAUUUGUGGUGUGUUUCUGAAGCCUGCUUUUAUCAGGCAUUUAUUUUUUUAAUUUUUCCAGGAAUCGUUCCCCAUCCUGUCUAUAUUUUAUUAAAAUCCGAGUAAAAGGUAUGUUAGAUUUCUAGAGUGUUAAUUUUACAACGGAUUAUCUUCGGCCGCAAGCGGCCAAGCCUGUUUCGUUCGUAAUUAGACUCUGAAAAUCUCAGAUUUAAUUUUUUGUCUUUUUGCUGCUGUGUUUUGUGUCGAUUCUUUUUGCUGCAUAUUAAAUUGGGAAAUCUAAAAACGGUAUGCGACGGUA